AGACCUUGAGAAGCACUUUUUUCCUGCCAAAGAUAUUCAGCAGUUGCUGGGGACAAGCCGCGACAGAGAUGGUGCAAGUUGGCGACCCCCUCAUUUGUUUUCAUACCUUUCAAACGACGACUAUAAUAGAGUCUACGACACCCUCAAGAGAAGUCCGCCACAUCUACACGACUUUCUCGACAUCGGCCAUCUUGCUUCAGGUCCCGGCAGAGUGUGCAAGUUUCUUCUGCACCAUAUAACGAAGUGGGUGCAUCGACAGUACAAAAAACCCGGCAAUGCCGAUGCAGCAAGGCGGUACGAACAGUGGUCGAUUUUCCUCAGCGCACAGAUCCGACCAGAUAUCGAGAGUACGACCUGGCUGGGAUGUCAAUUAAACCCGGUCAAUGCGUUUAUUGUGCGACUCUUUGAGCUUGUGCGGGAUAAUCCAAUCUGGCUGGAAAAGGCGUUGACCGAAACCUACGUAAGUGCCUGCCAAUCAUGUCCACCGGUACUCCCGGUAACGCUUGACACAGGAGGAGUUGCCAGAGGCAUACGAAAAAGGGGGCGAUCAGGAACGCAACGUUUCGAUGUAUCGUAAAAGGUUUGACCUAGAAGUAUGGGUUGACGUUCUCAGACUCGUAGAAGAGUAUUUCUGCGACGGAGCAAUCACGAAUCCACUCAUGGCCGGUAUAUCUGUCGAGGUACGUAACCCAAGUCACAGCACAGAAGGAUGAUCGGGGCAACAUCCUGACUAUGUUGCAGGGACUCAAAUCAAAGCCGUGGACCAUCUGGGGUCCAAAGAUCCGCGAGACGAUGAUGUCUCUGAACCCAGAGUUGAAAAAUUUGAACUUUCUGCAUUCGGACUCGAACGUCGCUGACCUG